GUGGGCUGUGAGGAGCAGCCACAGCAGAAGUUGGUGACACUGCACGUGGCAGAGCCUGGGGAGGCGUUGGUGCAGGAGGCUUACGAGGAGGCGACCCUGGGUGGCUCAGAGCUGCAGCAGAUCACUAUCCCCUUCGGCGGGACGGCGGAGUACAGCAUCAUCACACCCAUCAGCGAGGAGAUCUCGGCCCCAGGCACGCUGUACAGCGAGGAGGAGAGCCCUGCGGAGGCCUCCCAUGCAGUCGUGGUGAGCGAAGCUGUGAUGACAGAGGAGGCUCUGAAGGACCAGAACAAUCAGUAUAUCAUGUCAUCCAGCAUUGCGAGGAGCCAGUUCCAUCACAUCGAGCCCCUCAGCGGGGACGCUGUCGCCUGCGAGGGCCAGGGAGGAACAGCCCGCCAGCGUCAAGUGGCCCCUGGUGCAGUGUGUCACCAGGCAGCUCCAGAAGGACUCGUCUUUAUCCCCAGCCUCCGAGGGGCAGGAAGUCUCGUCCCCAAAGGUCAAGUGGCCCGCGCUCCAAGGCAUGGCCAAGAAGCUCUCGUGCAAGGUUUCCACGGCCAAGAAGCUCUCCUGCAAGAUUUCCACAGCCAAAAAGUUUUCAUGCAAGAUUUGCACAGCCAUGUUCACAGGGAGGGCAGAAAUGGAGAGUCACAAGAGAGCCACAUUGGGCCCAGCACCUUCAAGUGUCCCGACUGUCCGUUCACUGCAGCCCUCUGGCCGGAGGUUCGGAGCCACAUGGUCCAGCACGCCAGCCUGCGGCCGCACAAGUGCACCCACUGCAGCUUCGCCUCCAAGAACAAGAAGGACCUGCGCAGGCACAUGCUGACCCACACCAAUGAGAAGCCCUUUGCCUGCCAGGUCUGUGGGCAGAGGUUCAACCGUAAUGGGCACCUGAAGUUCCACAUGCAGCGUUUGCACAGCUCGGAGGGGAAGAGGCCGGGGCCGCCUGCAGCUGCCACCCAGCAGACCAUCAUCCUGAACAGCGACGAGGACACGCUGGCCACCCUGCAGAAGCUAGGAGGGGGUGCUGUGCUCCUUGCCGGGGUUCAGUACAUCAUUGCCCAGGACGGCGUACAGCACUUGCUUCCCCACGAGUACGUCGUUGUCCCAGAGGGACAUCACAUCCAG